AUGGAGGCGAAGGCUUGGGCCCCCGCGCGAGUUCAGUGGACUCCGCGCGCUCGUGCGCAUGUCUCUUUGAGCGCCUGCGCUGCGCCGCGUCGCUCCUCACGCACAGCGACGCGUGCGUCGCCUCGUCGGGAAUCGGAUUCAGAUUCGUCUGCCGUGCGCGUCUCGUUUCCCGUCGUGCCGUCCGCUCAGCGUCGCCGUCGAGAGCGCCGCGCAGGGAGCGCUGUCUCUGUGCGAAGGCGCUUUUCUCUCGUCCUCAGCCUCUGUUGUUUGCUUCCUCUCUCUCUCCUCGGUGUCGCCUCCUCCUCGUCGUCGCUGGCCUCUGAAUCCCCCCGCGACGAGGCCUCUCGCGGGGCUGGUGCGCGGUUGCGGUCAGACCCGCCCGAGGCGUCCUCCCCGGCGUCUCUGCCCUCUGCGCGCGCGCCUGCGGCCGCGGCGGGCUCGGACGACGGUGCCGGCACGGCGCGGCGGAGCCGCUCAGACGACGCAGAGACUGGCGCUGAGCAGCUGGACGAGGUCAGCGCGCGGUUAGCCGGCAAAGCCCUCCGCUUGCACCCCCACCCCGAUAGAAAGGCCUCCAGCGCAGGCUCCAGUGUGCUGGCUGGCACCCAAGGGCAGCUCCUCGCCGACGCCAUCUGCCGGCGCGUGCAAGAAGGAAACUUCGAACAGGUUUCCCUGGGCGCUGGCACGACUGGGGUCUUCGAGCGCCUGCCAGACGAGCGGAAAAAGAGUCACUGGCUGCAAGUGCCUCUGACAGAGACGCACUUGCCGGGUCUGGCGAGCCCGUCAACGCCCGCGGGCGGUGCCCCCGAGCUGACGGUCCUCGUCACGCCCCACAGACCUACUCAGCUGCCGAACGUCCAGUUGAUUUACCAGCCCGCGCAUGGAGUGCCAUGUGCGUGGCUCCGCGACGCGACGGCGGCUGGCCCUGUGCUUCUGCGGCUUCCACGCGACGAACUGGAGACCCUUUCUCGCCGCGAGGUCUCUGCUGUCACCGUCCUUGUGUCCUGCGAUACGCCCUGUGCGCCACUCAUCAGCCUCGACUGGCAAGUGCCCUCCAGUCAAGAAAACAUCCAAGUCGAGUGCAAGAAGGCGCCUGAGGGCUCGGAAGUCAUUUGUCCGACGCUGAGCGGCGAGGCUCUCGCUGGCGUGCCCGUUCACUACGAGUUCAAAUGCACCGACGCCUGUCAAGAGGCGCUUCGCGGCGCCGUCGGCGCAAGGAUUCAAGUCUGUCUACUUUUCUGUCUCCAUCUUCGCGGGGCAGGCCGUCUCCCCAGCCGUCCACCAGCCCGUGCCUGCGAGCGGAGACACUUUGUCUCCUGUCCCCCGGCGUCUGGCGGCGCGUCGCUCGCGCCCGUCGUGGGCUCGGCGGCGCCCGAUACGCGCCUCGAGCUGCUCGCGGCGUGGGGCUGCGUGCCGGAAAGUGGUGCGUCACCAGAGGCGCUCGGCGAAGAAGAGGCAUUCAGAAGCGAAUCGCCUUCCGCGACGACUCCAGGGAGCGCGGCGAAGGAGGCAGGGCAGACGGAGGGAGCUGCCAAACCAAGAGCCGGAGACGGCGCCAGCAAGGCAAGCGUCUGCAGUCCCCUGACGUCCGUGGGUGGGGCCGCUGGCGUCACCUACCUGACUGCCGCGAUCCCUCCUGCGUCGGGGGGGGAGAUUCCGAGCCUGCAUUUGGUGGUGCUUUCGCCUAGCCUGCGCAGCCGCUCGUUCCGCGUCGCGUUUGAGCUGCCGCAGAGCGUGACGGAGAUCGCGUUUGAUCGGCCGCUGCAUGUCGUGCUGCCGCCGGACUCGCUUCGGUUCUUCGCCUUCGAGCUCCCCGAGACUAUGUGGGACAUCAGCGCCUCAUGUGCGCAUAACUACCUCGGCGCCAAAGUCGAAUUCCUCCCUGUCGAGAUCGUCGUCGCCUCGGAGGCAGGCGGCCUGCCCACGCUCGCAGUCGCGAACGAGGAGCUCGAACCGCGCCCCGAUCCUGCAAAGACCAAGCGAGAGCAAAUGUAUGCCUGGCGGAGCAGCGACGGGCACGAGUCCGAGUCGGGAGUGCCGUAUGCGUGGGUCCUUCUGGGCUCUGAUGCACUGCGGGCGCGCAAGCCGUAUGGACGGUUUAUUGUCGGCGUGCGCGCGUCUUCGUUUUCGCUCGUGUCGCUGGCUGUCUCUUCGCGGUCGGCGACGAUGGGCGUCCGCGACUGGCCUGAACUCCUGACCUCGGGCGUGGGUCUGACUCUGAACUUCGUCCCUUUCUCGCGCUACUGCAAAGACGAGUUCCUCAUCUUCCGCACCGGCGGCGACGUCGGGCGCUCGGCGAGUGAGACUGCCCUCGCGAGCGCGGAGGCGGCCGCCGCGGGUAGGGGGGGCGGCGACCCCGGCGGCGUGCUCGUCUUCCUCGCUCAGAAGCAGAAGGGCGACAUGCCCGCCGAGUUCUGCUUCGUCCCCUGCGGACCGACCGAGGGCCUUUUCCACUUGUGCCCGAAUAUGCCUGUCGACAACGACGCUCCGUGUCCCUCCUCCCUGGUGACGAAGCCAGCCGCCGACGCGCGCCUCGUUCGCUUCGCAAUCCCCGCCGAGCAGCUGCAGCCGCGGACUGUCUACGCGGUCCGAAUUCGCCUCGCGUCGUGGCAAGAGGGCACGGUCGUGGUUGGCGUGUGGAAGCCGACGCCUGGAGACUACCUCAUGCUGGGCAUCAGGGCGUUUAACGGCGUGCCCUUCAGAGGCUUCCUCCACAACGACUCCUCGAGAGCAUCGAUGCUGGAGUUAACCUUCACUGUCGACCGAAACACACUCCCCCGCCUCACUACAUCCGACGGGCGCUACGUGUUUCGCCUAAGUCUCUUGGGAAGCGCGGCGGGGUUCGUGGUCACGGUCGCGAUUCCUGGCGAGAAAAUGAAGACGCGUCGCACGGUGUCUGUGCCAGGAGCGCAGGCGAGCAACCGCGUGGAUUUUUCGGAGUUUGUAGCGUCGAGUGCAGUGUGGAAAGAUGGCGAGGGAAUCGGUCAGUGGAUCAUACGCAUUCGCAGCCUUGCGCAAACCCCCGUCGCGGUCGACGUCACAGUCUCCUUCGGGCCUGAAGACGAGGCCGCCGCACUGGCGGCGAAGGCGACGGCAGCGGCCAGCGGCUCCCCGCGCGCCGAGGCUCAGGGCUUCUUGAACCCCGAAAAGGUCAUGACAGACACCACGCACCUCAUGGACGGCGCGGUCUACGUGGGCCGCGUCGGCAGCGACCCCCAAGCAAAAGGUGGAAGACGAUACUUCUACUUCUCCAUGGACUACAGCCUCGUGGCAGCUCAUUCCUUGGAGCCUCGGCCGCAUCUCCGCUGCAUCGCGUCCUCCUUUGACGGCAGCCGCCGACGCGUGCGGCUGUUCGCCAACGUCCUAACGAAGGCGAAUGCGGGCUCGUAUCGCCCUCCUGACCCCGCGGCUCCAGAGACAGUGACGUGGCCUCCGCAGCGCGACGGCGUCUUCCCUGCCGAGGAGGUUCUCGAAGUUCCGGCUGACGACCCCAACGCAGUCGCUCGCGGCACGCACUCGGCAGCGUAUGUGAUUCUCGUCGAGGGCGCGCCGUCUGUCUCCUCCUCUGCUUCCUCUGGGAGCACGUCUCCUUCGACGCCCUCUCCCUCGCCCAGCGCGCCGCCUGCGGGCGACGCGGACGAGGCGCAGUCAAUCCCCUUCACCAUCGUCUGUACCGGCAGCAGCGACACCUUGCCGCUGCCUCUGGGCGUGCCGGUUGAGCGCACGAUUGCAGCCGACGCCUCGCAUUUCUACUCCUUCGCGACGCCUGUGUAUGAAAAAGACAUUGUCAUUUCUCUCACGACUGGCGCCGUCGGCGACGCGGACCUCUUUGUCUCUCCGCGUCGCGAGGUCUCUGCGUCUGCGCCUGGGCACUUGUGGUCGUCCGCGGAGCUCGGGAGCGACUGGGUGCUUCUCGCGGCAGAGUCCAAGACCUUUCGGUCCUUCUGCAACGAAGCCGUUGUCUCCGCGUCGGGCUUCUGCAUCUUUUUCAUCCUCGUGCGGGCUCAGGAAGACUCUCAGUACACGCUGGAGGUUCGCCAAGAGAGCGGCGGCAUCGACGCAGUCGUCGCCUCGGUGCCUGUGAACGACUUCGUCCGCAGGGGUCACUCGAAGAUGUAUUCCUACCUGGAGGUCUCUCCUGACGAAGACCUGAAAAUCUCAGCCAAGAGCGACCGCGACAUCACGCUGUAUGCCGCGCUAGGCUCCGUGGACCUCGUGACGGAUUUGACGCCUCUGCACCUAGGCACAGCGCAGUGGUGGAGCGACGGCAUCGCCACGCGCGCGAUUGAAAUCAAAGGCGCAGAUCUGCAGCGACGCCAAGCCGUGCUCGGCUGCACGUUUUCUCCAAAAGACGAUGCGACCGGCGCGGGCAACACGCGCGCGCCCGCGAAGGCCGCGGGGAUCCCGGGCUCUUCGGCCUCGGAGGAGAGCCCCACUGCCGCCGCCGCGUCGUCGCCAGACGGGACGUCGGAGGAGCCGCGAGCUGAGAGUCGCCAGUGCGUGCUUCGCAUCGACGUUUCGGCGCACCAGGACCAGCCCUUCUCGCUCGUCCUGCUGCGGUCGCAGACGAACUCGAUCGUGACAAACAUCCUGGUGGACUCGACGCCGAACGCGGGUGUCCUCUGGGACCAAGUCGACGUCAAGUACGAGCUGCAGAUCGACUCGUUCAUCGUCGAGAAAGACCUCGACGCCGAGCUCCAGCUCGAAAUCUCCUCGUUCGAUUGCCACCCCACCCUCACCGUCCGCUGGCCUGACGGCUUCGUCCGCGCCUUCGAGUGGCCGCAGAGCCGCGAGCUCGUCAUCGGGCGCGAGAUUCACCCCUGGACGCCAGGGCCGUUCAUCUUCAUGCUCCACGAUCCCAGCAUCGGAGGCCGGACGUGCAUGUAUGUCUUCCACGCGCACGUGGCGACGACGCUGCAUGAGCGCCACCCGGUCACUCAGCUGGAGUUCAACGUCCCGCUACGCGCCUCUGUGACGAGUCACCGGCCGAGUUUCUUCGUCUGGACUGCGCCCUACCACGCGAAAUUCGAGGAUCAAUUCUACAUUCUAAAGGUCACGCCGUUCGUCCACAUGGUCGACGUGUACGUGCAACCCCUCCACAAAAACUCUGGAUUCAUGAAACGGCCUGUGCCAGGAGAAACGCUGCCGCCCUACGUCAAGCAGCUCGUGAAUGAGACGCCGGAGUCUCCCAGUCUCGUCCUCAGAAUAGGCAGUGUCUGGCGCCACGUCGAAAGCGUCGACUGGUUGCCGGCGUGCGAGCCCGAGGAUCUCUCUACAGGGCGCUGGGACGACGAGCAACUGGGAACCGACACGGCAGAUGUGUUCCAUCCUCUCGAUUCAUGCCAGAUCUUGAUUAGUGUCUUCGACCAUAGGCCGCCGUCUUCAGACCUCUCGGAGUCGCGCGAAGUGGACUUCAGCAUUCAUAUCACGUCCCGCCUCGCAGAUCCGUUCGAAGUGUAUUCGUUCGGCGAGACUCUGCAGCUGACGAAGGAAGACUUCACCGGGGAGAACCACACGAAGGCGCUGCUGCUCUACCAAGACAACCAGAGCGCAGACAUUCAUCUGCAGGUGCGAUGCCAAGAUCCGUACUUGCUCUCCAAGAUGACGGCCGCGCUCUUCCACAAUCUGACUAGGCUUCAUACUGAGCUGCAGCACCGAGACGGGUGCCGCGAUGUGGACGACGGCAGGUUUUGUUGGGUUGGCGAGCCCGUGAUAGACUGGCAAAACGGCUCGACUUCUGAAAUCUUCAUACAGGCUGAAGAAAAGGUCCUGAGGCCCCACGGCUUUCUCUACGUCGUCCUCUACCUCAAUGAAACGUACUCCCCGGCAUUCCAGCCGUCCAUUGAGUUCUUCGCAACGCAGUCAGGCAUGUAUGUGCCUCUGAAGAACAACAUUGACUCGGGGAUCUACUCCGUGACGGCUGACAAGCCGGCCUUCUUUUCCUUCGAAGUCACAGAGCCGAGUGGCCAAGUGAUUUUGAUUUUGGACCCGGAUCGCGAGCCGCCCAAGGGGGAAAGCGAUCCGCACACGACGUACAAGCAGCAUGUUCAGCAGCCGCUGCAAGCGACAUCUAUGUUUGUCCAGAGCUGCAACACGGAGACCUUCGUCCGGGGUCUGUGGAGCAAGGGGCUUCUGCCCUCUGCCCUCCUGCAUUCGCACGAAGGCUUCGUGAACGAACGAGACCAGCUGGUGGCCAUCGUCAAUAACAACUGGUAUAUGUUGAACAGCAGCUUGUGUUUCUACAGAAUCGGGAUCUACACCAAGUCGACUGAGCCGUUCUACUUCCGCAUCUCCGCCGCGCUGAUCCAUCGCUCCGUUCCCGUGGCGUUCCCCGUAAACUCCGCCGUCUUGGCGCACGUCUCGAAGAGACCGCAAGUCAACCGGAAUAGUGGAGCCGUUUCAACCAUGGCGGUCGACGACAAAUUCGCCUUCAGACUCUGGAAAGCCCCCCAGUUCGACGGGCGACUGGUCGCCAUGUUCGAGGUGUGCAGCGGCGCGGCGACUUUGAGGUGGAACGACCGGCUGAGCAUGAUUGCAGGAAACGGCAUGGUGCCAGGCAUUUUCCUCAGUUCGAUGAAGCACGUGUCCAGGCGAACCGACGCUGCGACCCUCCAGCAGCAGGGUCGCAUGUAUAGGGUUGUGAAAGCUCAAGAAGCGAACUUCUUGGGUGUCUCAUGCGACAAUCCAGAAGAAAACCGCAGCGAAGGCUACGUUCGCCAUAAUAAUGCAACGUUCAGCAUUUUAAUGACCGAUCUGAACAGCGCCUCGUGUUACAGUGCCGAGUCGGAGGAUGUGGACGCCGAAAUUGCUCCAGCGCCGUGGUAUGAAAAACUCCUGCAUCCCGUGAGCGCCAACAAAUGGAACCUGAACGUCCGGUGGAAGCCCCUGAUGAGAUGCACUGCGGACGCGGCUCUGUCUUCGGACGGGAAGUGGACAUGCUCGCGGAGGGCGUUUCGCGAGUCUGGAAAGCGCGUUUCGGAGGAAGAAAUUCAGUACGAGGUGUUUGUCGCGCCGUCCAACGCGACGCGAGCCAACUGGUUAGCCAGCUGCGGGCUCUACAUGGACGCGGAGUACUACAAAACGACUUCGAAGUAUUCCGUUGAACCUGGGAGGACGAGCUUCACGCUCCCUUUGCACGACCAGGGAUCGCAAGUCUACAAGGUGGCUGUGAUGGCGAAGCAUAUCCCUCAGGCAUUUGAACAGAGAGCUCAGCCAUUCACGUACCGCUUCGUGGAGGUGGAGUUGAGGAAAACGGGAGACGUGCUGACUGUAGGAUCGACGUAUCUUAUCCUCGUCGCUUUAGUCGUCGUGGUCUUUCUUUGCCGCCGUCACAUGGUUGACCGAGCAAAAGGCGUUUGGCAGGAGCUGCUCGGGUGGAUUCCUGCCGUGCUUGGCAGGCCAGCACGGUAUCAAUCGCGAGGACCGCGAGGUAUUGAAAUGCCGCCCGUCCUCCAUGGGUACAUGCCCCCUCCAUCGACACUCGGAUGCAGCGCCGUGAGGCACGACUACGAAGAUGACGGCCUCUCAGAAGACCCGUUCACCCUGAAAACUGACGACUACUCGUUACCCCCGUUGCCGCAAUCUCUGAAACCGUGGUCAGGACGGCCGGGGCAGUAG